AUGACGGAACUCCGCCGUCUAGAGACCGAACACAAAAAGGACCCAAACCCGACCACCCUGACCAAACUCACAGCAGCUAGAAACCUCCUUAAAACCCUCACUCAAGCAGACACAGCCAAAGUCCUGAUGUGGCUCAAACAAAAAUACUAUGAAAAGGGUAACAAAGCUGAUACCAUGCUCGCACGCAGACUUAAAAAACGUACCGAGGCUAAACGAAUCACAUCAAUACGCACAAACAAUGGUACCCUUACUGACUGCCCAGCUAGCAUAGGCAAAAUCUUCCAGGACUAUUACACGGACCUCUAUAACCAUGACCACCGAUCCCAAGACACCAGACCAACACUGUCCGCGCGCAUAGAAACAUUCCUAAAAGAUGCAACACCCAAGAGGCCCAAGCGGUACUAA